UGCUGAUUUCUGACUCAACGCAACGACUACCCCAUCCCAACAUAGGAGAUUUAAGUUUCUCAGAAGCUAUCCCUCUGAACACAGGUGAUUCCUGUGAUGAAUUCCUCUAUAAUGCUUCUUCACUCUUCACCUUCAACCGUUUCUUCGAUCCAACUCCAAUUCUACAUCCUCUCUCUAAACUUUACCAUUCGCUUCUUCCCCAGUUUCCCGUGAACGGUUUCAAAGAUCUCGGGUUGAGUUCCACUUCUUACGUUUCUUCUGCUGAAUCACUUUGAAGACUCUCCUCCAGAUACAGUCAUUCAGAAGACACUUUCACAUUCUUCGUUUUCUCUCCUCCAAUACUUGAAUUAGAGUGGAACUUCGACCAAAUUUAGUCUUUAUCCUCCCUCCAUUUCCAUUUUAUUGUCCUGAUUUCUUUUCCCUGUGGCGGGAAAGCUUUGAUUUCAGUUUGAUCCUGAAGUUCUUCAAGCAGGCCCUUUGGCCGAAAGGGUGUCUUAUUCCGGCAUGCGGGGUCGUCCAACAUCGCGGGAGCUAUCCUCGACGUACAAGCGUAUGUCAUCGAGAGAUUAUAUGAAUAUGCUUCAAAUGGAGGAAAAUACAGCUCUUUUGCAGAAUGGUGUGGGACUCGAAACAACAAACCCUUCCUGGAAGCGUUCUUUUCCUCAUAUACUUGUAGCAACCAUUACAUCAUUCUUAUAUGGUUACCAUCUUGGAGUGGUCAAUGAACCACUUGAAAGUAUUUCUUUAGAUCUUGGUUUUGGUGGGAAUACCCUGGCUGAAGGUCUAGUGGUGAGUACGUGUUUAGCUGGUGCUUUUGUUGGAUCUUUAUUUAGUGGUUGGAUUGCGGAUGGGGUUGGUCGCUGCAGGGCUUUCCAAUUAAGUACUUUACCGAUGAUUAUUGGUGCUUCCAUGAGUGCAACAACAGAAAAUUUAGAGGGUAUGCUUCUUGGGAGGUUUUUAGUUGGAACAGGAAUGGGUCUGGGCCCGGCUGUUGCAUCUCUCUAUGUGGCAGAGGUUUCACCUUCUUUCGUGAGGGGUACUUAUGGAAGCUUCAUCCAGAUUGCAACAUGUCUUGGGCUUAUGGGGGCACUGUUCAUUGGAAUCCCUGCCAAAGACAUUGUUGGUUGGUGGCGGGUAUGUUUCUGGGUAUCUGCUGUUCCUGCUGCAAUACUUGCGCUUGCCAUGGUGUUCUGUGCAGAGAGUCCCCAUUGGCUUUACAAGCGUGGAAGAUAUGUGGAAGCGGAAGCUGAAUUCGAGAAGCUCUUAGGAGAAUCACAUGUCAAAACUGCAAUUGGUGAGCUGUCAAAGGUGGACAGAAGUGAUGAUGAAGAAGCGGUAAAGUACUCAGAGUUAUUCCGUGGUCGCCAUUUCAAAGUUGUUUUUAUUGGGUCAACCAUAUUUGCUUUCCAACAGCUGUCUGGUAUUAAUGCUGUAUUCUAUUUCUCUUCAACUGUCUUCAAAAGAGUGGGGAUACCAUCAGACCUGGCAAAUACCUGUGUAGGAGUUGCAAAUUUGUCUGGGUCAAUUGUUGCGUUGAUUUUGAUGGAUAAAAUGGGAAGGAAAGGUCUUCUUUUGGCAAGCUUCAUGGGAAUGGCAGGAGCAAUGGGAAUCCAGGUCACUGCGGCAAGUUCUUUCUUACCAGAGUCUGCAGUUUUGUAUCUUUCUGUCGGUGGAAUAUUAUUGUUUGUCUUAACUUUUGCAGUGGGUGCUGGUCCAGUCCCUGGUCUCCUCCUUCCUGAAAUUUUCCCCAGCAGAAUUCGCGCGAAAGCUAUGUCAGUCUGUCUAUGUGUACAUUGGGCUGUAAAUUUCUUUGUGGGAUUGUUGUUCUUGCGUCUACUGGAAGUACUUGGGCCACAAAUUUUGUACUCAAUCUUUGCUACUUUUUGUUUGAUGGCUGUGGUUUUUGUGAAGAGGAAUGUCGUUGAAACCAAAGGAAAAUCACUCCAAGAAAUUGAGAUAACACUUCUUUCACAGGACUAAGGAAAGACAAUGAAGAAUUUGGAAAUUUAAUUCUCAUGUAGGUGCUGGCCUGGUCUGUUUGCUAUUUUUGCCCAAAGUCAUCCAUGUGGUAAUAUAUUCACAGAUUUUGGUGGUGACAAAUUGCCAAGCUAUUGGUUCAUCAGGCGAUGGUUGGGUUGGUGUAAGUUCUUCUUGAGAGAGUUCUGUAUGAAUAUAUUGAGAGAAACAUGAAGUCACUGUAGCCUUCCAUCUUAACACAUCUUUCUGUAAGGAUGUAAAUUUCAUCAAUAGGAUUAUGAAGAAUAAGAUGGAUCUGUUGGUAACAACACUCA